AUGGCAGACCAGGGAAGGAAGCCGACUUCGCCUACGUCCGAGAACCCCAUGGAUCGAUACGGCCACCUCUCAGGAUCUACACCCAGGGAGAAGGUUCAGAAUAUAUGGGCUGAAGUCAUAGCGAAGCCAGUAUCAGAAGUUUCUCAGGCGGCCAGCGCUGCUGAAACUCCGUCUUCCGUGGGAGAUAUUGAAGCCUCAGCUCCUAUUUCGAUCCCUGAAACCACUGCGCCCCUCAGUGUCAGAGCCGACACAGAUUCCGUUUCCCACUCUCACACUGCAAUUCAUCAUGCACAUGCAGAGCCUUUACUACCACCAUCGGACCUGGCUCAUGGCGGUCACACUGGCCAAUCCACGAUGCAAACCAUCCAGCCCAGCGCAUUGACCGUUAUCAACGUUGAAGAGACUGCACCAGGGUCAGUCCGUCUUGGGCCAUCCGAAUUUGCCGUUACUCUUCCCAUGGAUUCUCGAGUGAAGGAUUACUAUGAGCGAGUCCUAGCAGAUGCCGCCACUGAUAUCCGAGAAUUUAUUGAGAGCUUCAGCUCCACUGAGCAGAUGCCAGAUCGCGAGCGAGAUCGUCUUCAAUCCAGCAUGAAUGAACUUGUCGCACAGUUGAACAAUGUCUCGACGCAUCCAGACCUGAACAUCUCCGACCACCUUAAAGGAGCGAAGCCCGAUCUCCAGAGGGAGUCAUCUUGGGCUGAAUAUUCGAGUGCAAAAUUUCUCCUCCUUGGCCAUCUGGUGGAGAUUACAAGUACCCAGGACUUUCAUUUGGUUUUGGCAGUACAAGACGAGAAAAGACAGAGAGUCUUGGAGCGCUAUUUGCAAGGCAAGGGUUUUUCUUACACGAGGCCACGUGAAGAGAUGGGUAGCACUCUGGAAGUCUCCCUGGCGAAGGGCUCGUUGAGCUUUGGCAUCCACUCCAACGAUAGUGUGCGUGAGCUUUUUAAGCCACCCUCUGCUAUUUUUGCCCUGGACACAUCGUUCAACCCGAAAAGCCCAUCUGUGCAGCAUAUUCGAACUACCUAUGCUCGAAAUGGGGGCUUGCUGCCCGUUAUUUGGCUCCUCAUCGCCAACACCAGCGAGCAUAUCGAGCGCUGUCUUCCUGAUAUACCCGAGCCAGAUCGACUGCGCUUACUUGUUCGAUACACGGCCCGCCUUCAUGAAGAUGUUGGGGAUCUCCAGGAUGAUGCCCUUGGCGUCCACGAGAAUGCCGAGGAAAUCCUUGGUUACUUGUCUGAUAGCUUUGCUAGCUGGCCGCUGCCACCUAUCGAGCCUCUGCCCUUUGUCUCUAUCGAAGAAAGCGAUUCAUCUGGUUCUUCAUCCGAUGAAUCAAUGCCAACCAACCAGAAGCGCCCACUGGAAGAGGAAGAGGGAGAGGGAGAGGAAGGGUCUGACGAUUUCACAUCGAAACGGGCUCGACUUGAUACCCAGGGUACGAGCCAAUUGACCCAGUCAACCAAGCUGCCAAGCCAGACCUUGGGCCGGGACUUGCAUUCUUUGGAGAAAAGUCUUAUUGAAAUGCAGAGUGCUCACGCAGAUGAGAAAGAACAACUGCAAAAAGACUUGACUGAAAUGAGUGGCCGAUGGCGAGAACUUGAUCAGGAAAUCGGAAUCAUCCAACAUCGCUACGAGACUCGGACCAAUGAUUUCCACAAAACCCGCCAGGAGCGCGACCUUUUGCUGGAAAACAAGGCGACCCUCGAGCAGCGUGUCGAGAAGCAGAAAGAGGAUAACUCUAAGAUCAAGGAGGAACGGAGGCAACUCAAGGGCGAGCUCGAGGAAGCCAGACAAGCACUCAAAGAUGGAGGCGGCAGCAUGGCGGAACUAGAGACGGCACGCGAAGAAAUCCGGCGUCUUACCAAGGAAAAUGCUGGUCUGGAACGCAAAUCCGAUUAUGAAAGGAAACAGGCUGAAUAUACUCGCGAGCAAUACCAAAAUGCGUCGACAGCGGCCGCUCAGUUGGGAACCGAGGCCCGACAACUCAGAGCAGAAAACGAGACAUUGAAUCGUAAGGUCGAGGCCAACGCCGUUCGACUUCGCGAGAUGAAUACGCAAAACGAUGCGGCUAUUCACCUCGCUCGAAUUGGAGAGCUGGAGUUAAUUGUGACUGGGCGCGACGAUCUUCUGCGCAAGAAGGAAGAUGAACUUCGAGAGAUCCGCAAAAACCGCCCAUCGACUCGCUCGACCAGCACUCAACCCCGAAGUCCCAAAUGGGCUGCCAGCAGCCGUCCGACCAGUCCUGGGGUCAGCAACAACGGCAAUGGUAACGGUAGCAACGGUCUUGCGGGCAGAGGGAGUGCACUGCGGUUUAGCUCAGAGAUGCCUUUCUGA